AUGGCCGCCGCGGACGAGCCGCGCCGCUGCCACAUUGUGGCGGUGCCGUUCCCCGGCCGGGGCCACGUCAACGCCAUGAUGAACCUGUCCCGCCUCCUCGCCGCGCGCGGCGCCGAGGUCACCUUCGUCGUCACCGAGGAGUGGCGCGGCCUCAUCCUCUCCUCCUCCUCUGCCGCCGCCGCGCCGCUGCCGGCCGGCAUCCGCCUGCGCGCCAUCCCCAACGUCAUCCCCUCCGAGCACGGCCGCGCCGCCGACCACACGGGCUUCCUCGACGCCGUCGCCACCGAGAUGGAGGCGCCCUUCGAGCGCCUGCUCGACCUCCUCGAGACCGAGCAGGAGGAGGGCCCGCCGGUCGCCGCGCUCGUCGCCGACAGCUACGUGCCGUGGGUCGUCGGCGUCGGCAACCGGAGGGGCGUCCCGGUCUGCUCGCUCUUCCCCAUGUCCGCCUCCUUCUUCUACGCCUACCAGCACUUCGACUGCCUCCAGCCGUGCCUUACCGACGAGCACGCCCCCGCCGCCGGGGCCACAGCAGAGAAAUCUGAGCAGAGACUCGAUCAGUUUAUACCGGGCCUGGCUUCAAGCUCAAUAACCUUAUCUGACCUCAAGCCCUUAAUUCACAACGAGAGAACAGUAAAGCAUGUCCUCACAGUUGUCUCUAGCAUUAGGAACGCACAAUGCCUCCUAUUCACCACUAUGUACGAGCUUGAGGCCAGUGUCAUCGACUCCCUAAGAUCAGCACUCCCCUGUCCAGUUCUCCCAAUUGGGCCCUGCGUUCCCUACAUGACCCUUGAAGACCAGCAUUCCAAGUCCAAUGGAGAGCUUGCCAGUCGAGGAGACUGCUUCACCUGGUUGGACUCUCAACCCGUGAACUCGGUGCUAUAUGUCUCCCUUGGAAGCUUUCUCUCUGUGUCAGCCUCUCAGCUUGACGAGAUCGCGCUGGGACUUGCAGCAAGCAAGGUUAGGUUCUUAUGGAUUCUUCGUGAACAACCUCCUGGUGUGCGAGAACUUGUCGGCGACAGCAAUAGGGGCAUGAUACUGGCAUGGUGCAACCAGCUAAAGGUCUUGUGCCAUCCUUCGAUUGGUGGUUUCCUCACACAUUGCGGGAUGAACUCGACGCUUGAAGCUGUCUUUGCUGGUGUACCUAUGCUCACCCUACCACUGUUCUUUGAUCAACCUAUUGACAGCCGUCUAAUUGUUGAAGAAUGGAAGACUGGGCUGGAACUGCGGGAUUGGACUGAUAAGGAUCGUCUGAUUGAGAGCGAGGAGAUUGCAAAGGCUAUUAAGAAGCUGAUGACCAGUGAUGAAGCUGACACAGAGGCAAUAAGAAGACAUGCCCUUGAGUGGAAAGAGGUUUCUGUUAGAGCAGUUCAAAAGGGUGGAUCUUCAUACAACAAUCUCAGCUCAUUGAUGGAAAUGGUAUGCUCAUCGCAAUGUACGGAACUCAAUCAGCAAUGUUCUGAAACUAGUGCUUGAAAUGUAACAUUUAUCCAUUUGAUCGACAUUAGUCUUGUAUCAUCGAUUGAAAUGUAGCAUUUCUAUACAUAAAUUAUUGUGCGAUUAGUUUUGACGUGUCUUUGGGUACUCUUAAUGAGGAUUUUGCAAAGUAUUUGCUACAUAAUCAGAUAAGCUGAUUUAUUGGACA